AUGGGGGAUUGGAACUUAUUAGGAAGUAUUUUAGAAGAGGUCCAUAUUCAUUCCACCAUCGUGGGAAAGAUCUGGCUCACCAUCCUCUUCAUUUUCCGCAUGCUUGUGCUCGGCGUUGCCGCCGAGGACGUCUGGGAUGAUGAGCAGAGUGAGUUUGUUUGCAACACGGAGCAACCCGGCUGCAAGAAUGUGUGCUAUGACCAGGCCUUUCCCAUCUCCCUCAUCCGGUACUGGGUGCUGCAGAUCAUCUUUGUAUCCUCCCCGUCUCUGGUCUAUAUGGGACACGCAUUGUACCGUUUGAGGACCCUUGAAAAGGAGAGGCACAGGAAGAAAGCCUGUCUGAAAGCUGAGCUGGAGGGGACGGACCCAGUCCAAGAGGACCAUAAGAGAAUUGAGCGAGAACUCAGGAAACUAGAUGAACAGAAGCGAGUGCGGAAAGCUCCCCUUCGAGGCUCAUUGCUGCGCACAUAUGUUUUCCAUAUCUUAACCAGAUCUGUGGUGGAGGUUGGUUUCAUUAUAGGUCAGUGUGCUCUGUACGGCAUUGGACUGUCCCCUCUGUACAAAUGUGAGAGGUUGCCUUGCCCCAACAGUGUUGACUGUUUCGUGUCCCGGCCAACUGAGAAGAACAUUUUCAUGGUUUUCAUGUUAGUGAUUGCUGGAGUUUCUUUAUUUCUCAACCUCCUGGAGAUUUUCCACCUGGGUGUGAAGAAGAUCAAACAAAGCUUGUAUGGAUACAAAUACGGAGACGACGAGAGUGUGUGUAGGUCAAAGAAAAACUCCAUGGUGCAGCAGGUUUGUGUGCUCACAAACUCCUCUCCACAGAGGUUGAUGCAGCUCACACAGAUGACCUGCCCUGUUGUGCCUGAUGCUCAUCGGGAGUCCCUUUCUUUGAAUGUGGCCCCUCAGAAUAAGGAGGGGUCCAAUGGCUCCAACCUGCAACACACAUACCAGCCAAGUCAAGCUGACACGCAGCAGCUGGGGGUGGUUAUGGAGCGACGCAACACUUUGGACAACAGGAAGCCCUCGUGCAGCAGCGAAGAGUCAAACGAACCCCAUGUCUCCGGCCGGCCCCAAUACGCUGGACCUCGACCCACGCUCAUGGCGAGCCACAUGGAGAUCCCAGCUGCCCUGAGGAACCCGCAGAGGAAGCAGAGCAGAGUGAGCAUUUGUAAGGAGCUCAGUGACAUGAGCGACUCUCCAGAGAGCGACCACUUCCCCACAGCCAGGAAGUGCAGUUUUAUGUCCCGAGGAUUGUCUGAGGGUAAGCUGGCCACCCCGUCUGACAGCUGUGAUUCUCAGAGUGGAACAGAUGUGGAGGCCCAGCACCUCAACCAGAUAGAGAGUCCAGCAAUAACCCCGCCGCCUCCAGCAAGCGGCAGGAGGAUGUCCAUGAGCAUGAUUCUGGAGCUUUCUUCAAUCAUGAAGAAGUAA